AUGGGCCAGGGCCAGGCCGACAUAGCCAUGCAGCUGCUACACGAGUGUGCCCGCAACGGGGAGUGGAUGUGCCUGAAGAACCUGCACCUGGUCACGGCAUGGCUGCCUGUCUUAGAGAAGGAGUUGAACAGCCUGCAGCCCCACCAGGACUUCCGCCUGUGGAUGACAGCAGAGGUCCACUCCCAGUUCCCCACCAUCCUGCUGCAGUCCAGUCUCAAGAUCACGUUCGAGGCUCCACCUGGCAUCAAGAAGAACCUCCAGCGUACUUACGAUGCCUGGCCACCUGAGUUCAUCGCCAAGGGUGGGAACGUGGUGCGCUCACAGGCCUUCUUCGCCCUGGCCUGGUUCCACGCUGUCUGCCAGGAGAGGAGGAACUACAUCCCUCAGCUAGAGUGUGAAGGAAUCGGACAUACAUGUGUUUUGUACCUCCAGGGCUGGACCAAGUUCUACGAGUACUCUACAGCAGACCUGCGAGCAGCAGCAGAUAUCAUUGAUCGCCUCUUCACUGACCAACGUGAGGUGCCAUGGGAGUUUGUCCACGGGCUGUUGGAGAAUGCCAUCUACGGAGGCCGUGUGGAUAACAACUGUGACAUGUCCGUUCUGCACUCGUACCUGGUUCAGUACUUCGACAAGUCUCUGCUCGCAGGCAGCAGCUCACGGGGGAGAGGGAAGAGACUGGCACCUGGAGUCUCCAUGCCUUCAUCAUGUCACUAUGGGGACUACCAAGAUGUGAUUGAGGCCCUUCAUGAGGACGACAGACCAGCGUACUUCGGACUCCCCGCCAACAUCGAGCGGUCCGCUCAGCGUAUCAUCAGCGGACAGGUGAUCGGUCAGCUGAAGGUGCUGAUGCGGUCCGAAGCGGCAGCAGAGAAGUUUGACCGUGAGACGUGGUCCACGGAACUGUCGCCGAUCCUCAACCUGUGGAAGAAGCUCAACCAGUUCCAACGCUAUGACUUGGAGAAUGGAACCUUUUCUGAUACCCAUUUCCUGGCAGAGACCAUAAAACUCCGCAGGCAGGCCUCCCAGCUCCUGCAGCAGCGCAUCGCUGCGCCCAGCGACCAGGCCGACAAGCCCAUCAUCUCCUUCAUCCAGCUGGAGCGCUUCUCCUCCGUCAAGCUGGUGCAGAACGUGCACCAGUCGCUGGCCGCGCUCAGCCGCGUCAUCCGGGGGACAAGCCUGCUCACGUCCGACGUGCAGACUCUGGCAAAGUCACUGCUCAGACAGGAGACUCCAGGAGGCUGGCAGAGCAUGUGGGAAGGCCCUGAAGACCCCAUGCAGUACCUGCGUGCGCUGGUGGCUCGAGCAAUGGCCAUCCAGGGGUGGGCAGAGCGAGCGGAGGCCGGCACACUGCUGAGGGACGUCCUGGACCUGUCCGAACUCUUCCACCCGGAUACCUUCCUCAAUGCUCUCAGACAACAGACUGCAAGGGACCUGCGCUGUCCCAUGGACAGCCUGAAGUUUGUCAGCAGCUGGAAGGGCAGCAUCUCGGGCGCCAAGCUGGCUGUGAAGAUUGGUGGGUUGAUGCUGGAGGGUUGCUCCUUCAAUGGGAGUCGUCUCUCCGAGAACCAGCGAGACUCUCCCAGUGUCUGCAUCGUACCAAACUUUACUGUGGCCUGGAUUGACAGUAAGGGAGCUGACCCCUACCCAGAGGAAGAGGUCAUCCAACUGCCGCUGUACUUCAGCGCGGAUCGCGACCGUAUCGUGAACCAGGUCAAGGUUCCGUGUGGAGGCAACCAGGACCAAUGGGUGCAGUGUGGAGCCGCUCUCUUCCUCAAGAGUCAGUGAUGACAUCACCCAACUUGUGUGCAAAUGGACUGGUGAUGUCACACAAAGCUGUGUUAUUAGGAAAACGUUAUGUACUACCUAAGAACAGCUCAAUUUCCAUACUUCUCUGUAGAGACAUCUCAGUGUGGUGUAUAGAUGUACUUGUAUUUUGACCUUAAAAAUUUAAACUGAA